AUGGGCAAGAGAGGACGCGCUGCCACGGGCAACAAGCUCAAGAUGACCCUCGGUCUUCCUGUCGGUGCCGUCAUGAACUGCUGCGACAACUCCGGCGCCAGGAACCUGUACAUCAUCUCGGUCAAGGGCACUGGUGCGCGCCUGAACCGUCUGCCCGCUGGUGGUGUCGGUGACAUGGUCAUGGCGACCGUCAAGAAGGGAAAGCCCGAGCUGAGGAAGAAGGUCAUGCCCGCCGUCAUCGUCCGCCAGUCGAAGCCCUGGAAGAGGGGUGACGGCAUUUUCCUCUACUUCGAGGACAACGCCGGUGUGAUCGUCAACCCCAAGGGUGAGAUGAAGGGCUCCGCCAUCACCGGCCCCGUCGGUAAGGAGGCUGCUGAGCUCUGGCCCCGUAUUGCCAGCAACUCUGGUGUCGUCAUGUAA